AUGGCUUCUAACGACAAGGGUUUGGAGGAGAUCCCCGAGGGACAGAUCGAGACCAACUACGAUGAGGUCACCGACUCCUUCGACUCCAUGGACCUGAAGCCCGAGCUGCUUCGCGGUGUCUACGCCUACGGUUUCGAGCGUCCCUCCGCUAUCCAGCAGCGUGCCAUCAAGCCCAUCAUUGCCGGCCACGAUGUCAUUGCCCAGGCCCAGUCUGGUACCGGAAAGACUGCCACUUUCUCCAUCUCCGCUCUCCAGAAGAUCGACCAGGAGCUCAAGGCCUGCCAGGCUCUGAUUGUCGCUCCCACCCGUGAGUUGGCUCAGCAGAUCCAGAAGGUCGUUGUCGCCAUCGGUGACUUCAUGAACAUUGAGUGCCACGCCUGCAUUGGUGGUACCAACGUCCGUGACGACAUGAACGCCCUCCGCGCCGGCCCCCAGGUCGUUGUCGGUACCCCCGGUCGUAUCCACGAUAUGAUUGAGCGCCGUGUCCUCAAGACCGACCAGAUGAAGCUCUUCAUCCUCGACGAGGCUGAUGAGAUGCUUUCUCGUGGUUUCACCGAGCAAAUCUACGACAUCUUCCAGCUCCUCCCCCAGUCCACCCAGGUCACCCUGCUGUCCGCUACCAUGCCCCAGGAUGUCCUUGAGGUCACCACCAAGUUCAUGCGUGACCCCAUCCGUAUCCUGGUCAAGAAGCAGGAGCUUACCCUCGAGGGUAUCAAGCAGUUCUACAUUGCUGUCGAGAAGGAGGAGUGGAAGCUCGACACCCUCUCCGAUCUCUACGAGACCGUCACCAUCACCCAGGCCGUCAUCUUCUGUAACACCCGCCGCAAGGUCGACUGGCUCACCGACAAGCUCACUGCCCGUGACUUCACCGUCUCUGCCAUGCACGGUGACAUGGAGCAGGGCCAGCGUGAUGUUAUCAUGAAGGAGUUCCGUUCCGGUUCUUCCCGUGUCCUGAUCGCCACUGACCUUCUGGCCCGUGGUAUCGAUGUCCAGCAGGUCUCCCUGGUCAUCAACUACGACCUUCCCGCUAACCGCGAGAACUACAUCCACCGUAUCGGUCGUGGUGGUCGUUUCGGUCGUAAGGGUGUUGCCAUCAACUUCGUCACCGCUGACGAUGUCCGCAUGAUGCGUGAGAUUGAGCAGUUCUACAGCACCCAGAUCGAGGAGAUGCCCAUGAACGUUGCUGACCUCAUCUAA